AUGCUGCAAGCUAUCCGCCAGUUAGACGGUAGUGACGUCCUUGUUAUUCAAGACCAAAUGGACGUGACAUGCGGUAUCGUGAUGCAAACAAAGGUGCAGAAGCUGAUGUUCGAGCGCUGGGGCGACACUCUUACGAUGGAUUUCACUCACGGCACGAGCAAUUUGGGCUAUCACUUGGGUGCGUAUGAGUCCAACCUUAUUAACAAAGUGAUUUUCUACUGUUGUGUGUUGGAUAUUUCAGGGAGUCUGGUCGUCACAACCGCUACUGGUAGAGGGUUCCCAGUUGUAGACUUCAUAUGCCUCAACCAACGAGCUCCGAUGAUGACAACAAUCCUGGAGUAUUUCCAAGAGAAGAACCCAAGUUGGCGGAUGAUAUCCUCCAUCGUGAUCGACAAAGAUUUCGUUGAGUGGAGGGUGCUGAAAACACUAUUUCCUGCUGCGAAAGUUUAA